UAGCAAGUGAUCCCAAUUCUUCAACAAAAGGGUGUUACCUAAAACAAUUUCAGUCGUCACUACAAACCGAAGAACUCUUCGCAAAAGCAAAAGAGAAACGCAUUGCGAUAUUCUGCGCGUGCGUGAAGAAGAUCCAAACAUGGACGACGAAUUGCUCGAGCUGCAGCGACAAUUCGAGUUCGCUCAGCAAGCCAAGUCGAGCAUUCGAUUAUCGGAGCGAAACGUCGUCGAAUUAGUCCAAAAACUACAGCAACUACAAAUCAUCGAUUUCGAGCUUCUCCACACUGUCUCCGGCAAAGAGUACAUCACUCUCGAUCAACUGAGGAACGAGAUGGUGUCUGAGGUGAAGAAACUAGGGCGCGUUUCGUUGAUUGAUCUCGCUGACGCUACUGGAGUUGACUUGUUCUACGUGGAGAAGCAGGCUCAGAGCGUAGUAACGGAGCACCGAGAACUGAUGUUGACUCAAGGAGAAAUCAUGUCGGAGUCGUAUUGGGACUCAAUCGCGGAAGAGGUUAACGAGAGGCUUCAGGAAUGUAGUCAGGUUGCGCUGACGGAACUCGCGGCGCAAUUGAACGUAGGUUUGGACUUAGUUGCGUCCGUAUUGGAGCCGCGCCUUGGAACAAUUGUGAAAGGAAGGCUUGAAGGUGGCCAGUUGUAUACUCCUGCCUAUGUGGCUCGUGUUGGUGCCAUGGUUCGUGGCGCUGCACGGGGCAUCACGGUGCCGACGAAUUUGACGGCAGUGUGGAGCUCGUUGCAGCAGUUGCUGCAAGAGAUUGAUGGAACUAGUGGAUUGGCAGUUGAAGGAUCUUUCUUCCAGUCGUUGUUUAAUGGACUUGUGAAGGAAGGCCAGGUUCUAGGGUCGGUUCGUGCAGGAGUACAUUGGACACCAGCUGUAUUUGCUGUUGCUCAAAAGGAGUUUGUGGAUUCAUUCUUUUCACAGAAUUCUUUUAUCACCUAUGAGGCUCUGCACAAACUUGGAAUUCCCCAGCCCAUUCAAUUUUUGCAGUCCAGAUAUCCUGAAGGAAAACCUCUAGUUACAACAUUUGUUCAUCCAUCUAUGAUUGAGAUGCUAGAUGCUUCUACUGAGGAUGCUCUUGACCGUGGUAGCUGGAGUGAUUCUCUUUCCUUAUUGCCCUCAUCUUUUACACCUCAAGAUGCAUCUAAAAUGUUGUCCCUCUGUCAAUCUGUUCAAAAUGCUCUUAAGUGUCACAAAGCACACAUUUUUGGGGAUUUUUAUGUGAUGAGUAGCAGCUUUAUAAAGGACAUCUGUGAUCGUAUUGUGAAAGAAUUGGAGACAUUAGGUGUUUCAGGGUCUGCUGGAAUUACAAUGCCUGGUGAUUUUCAAGUACCCAACGAAGCUAAAGUAGGGCAUGAUUCAAGCAGGUUGAAUGAGUCCAAUGAGAUCAUGGCAAGUGAUGGUGGUGCCAACAGGCAUGCUGAUAAAGGAUCAAAGAAGAAAAAGGGGAAAUCCGCUGGGAAUGCAGUGGCAAAUCUAUCUGAAAGUGGUGCAGAUAACCAGGAACAGACUUCGACAAAAUCUAAGAAAAGCCAGAAACGGGGUAAGGAUACAUCUUCACAAAUGUCAGUUACAAAGACAGGUUCUAGGAAAGAAUCAGUUAAAAUGAAAGAGGAUAAUCUCAGUCCCUCGGAAGAAUGGAUCAUGCAGAAAAUUACAACAUUGGUUUCUGAUUUCGAAGAACAAGGUAUAGAUGAUCCUGAAACAAUUCUUAGGCCUUUGGCUAACCAAUUAAGGCCUACAAUAAUCAGUUCUUGGAUGGAGAAAAGAAAGGCAUUGCUUACAAACAAUGCAGAAAGAAUGAAACGUUUGCUUGAUAAUUUGCAGAAGAAACUUGAUGAGUCUUUCUUAAACAUGCAGCUGUAUGAAAAAGCUUUAGAGUUAUUUGAAGAUGAUCAAUCAACUUUUGUUGUUUUGCAUAGGCAUUUACUUAGGACAGUAGCAGCUCCUAUGGUGGAUAUUCUUCUUCGUAACCUGGACGAGCACAACAAAUUAAAGAAUGGACUUGAGGUGCAGGAAACUUCAAAUUCUGAAUCUGUGUGUCUUAGUCCUGGAGACAGAACUGCAAUUUGCAAGAGUUUUCCAGGAUCUCUUGCAAGUAGGGCUCUUGCUGUUGUCGAAGCAUUGGAAGGAAAGAGCGUGGAGAUAUUCAUGGCUGCUUUUAGAAUGGUAACUGAAGAAAGUGGGUUGCCUUUGAAAAAUCUUGACAAGAAACUAGAAAGAACACUUUUACAUUCCUAUCGUAAGGAAUUGACAUCUCAAGUUUCUGCUGAGACUGAUCCUGUAUCACUUCUGGCAAAAGUUGUCUCUUUACUAUAUAUCCAAGUUUACCACAAAGCUCUUCAAGCCCCUGGAAGGGCCAUUUCUGCUGCUAUUUCCCACUUAAAGGAUAAGCUAGACGAGUCAGCGUACAAGAUUUUAACUGAUUAUCAAACUGCCACAGUGACUCUUUUGGCACUAAUAGCAGCUUCACCCAGUGAUGAAGAAGAUUGUGCAUCUGAUAGGAUUUUGAGUAAAAGGGAGCUUCUAGAGGGCCAAAUGCUGCACCUCAAAAGCUUGGUUUUGAGCAGCUCACAAUCUUAAUGAAAUAUUUUGUAAGCCAAUUUCACUGCUGCUGAAUCUACCUUCAUCGUAAACAUGCACUAAUUUUGUGCUGUUUAUUUUCUUAGGUUCAAAAGCAUGUGAGAUGUUGCAUUUUGCUAAAAUAGACAAUGCUGGCAAAUUAGAUUAGAUUUUCCUGUGGCAUUUAAUUUUAAUCUAAAUCUCACACUGCAAAUGUUUACUAGUCUUGUCGCCGGAAAUCUCUUAACCAAAGAUUUAUACUUGUUUGAUAAUUGAUAGUAUAAUGGUAUAUAAACUCUUAUGAAUGAGAAAUUCUUCUGAAAAGCUAGUUUCCAGA